AAUUUGUUUGUCUGCGAUUCUUGUCUUAUUCGCUUUGUUGACGCGAAAUGCCGAUCACUUUGAAGGACUUUUCGUGGCACCAGAACUCCACUUCGGUGCUUUUGAAGGUCAACACCAGCAAUGUUCGUCCAUCGAGUAAAAACUGUUCCGUCACAAUUACUUCUAAGUAUCUGAAGCUUAGCUUGCCACCCUACAUUUUCGAGCUUUUUCUUGCUGAGCAAACAAACUUUGGUGAUGCAAAGGUGACCUUUGGCAACAAUCAUGUUUCGCUCUCCCUGCCCAAGUUGGAGUUGGGCAAGGAAUGGCAGGUGAUUGAAAAUGCCGACCUCACCAAGGAGCAAAAGCAACAACUGAGACGGGAUGCUGAAGAAGAGCAACUAGAGUGGCAUAAAAAGCGAGAAUCUGAAAUUCAAGGCAAGUAAUUCAAUCUUUAAAAAAGUGUUACAAUAAGUCUAAAACUGGGGUUUCGUAGAGAAAAAUAAUAAAUUGUGCAAGAAAAAUGUGGAUGAGCAACUGAAGCAGAUGGAAGAAAACAGGCAGAGAGUUGAGAGGGUAAAAAAGGAGAUCGUGAAGCAGGCGUUGGAGGACACUCUACACUGGAAGCAGACUCUUCCAGACGAGAAUGAGAAUAAAAAGACGCAAGGAGAUGUAGUGAAGCCAGAAGGAAAAAGUAGUGGAGUCACUAUCCAAGAAAUCAAAGACGACGAAGAAAUAGAAGAUCCAGAAGAACCAUUAGAAUUGUCAGUCUCUUUUACUCCUAGAAUUUUUCCAACACCUAAAAGAGAAUCACACGAACCAAUGGAGCAAAAAUGGAUGCAUGAGAGGAAGGAAGCCAUGAAACUGGCAGGUGUGUCUCCAGAAAUGGCCGACAAUUCUGAGCCAGGAUGGAUGUACGAAAAAGCGAGAGAGCUGGUGGAAAGUGGCAAUUACCAAGGGGCUGCCGCGGUGGCUAGCCACGCGCUGUCCACGCGGCCCUGGCACGGAGGGCUUCGAUUAGUGCUGGCCGCGGCCUACCUGCAUCUCGGCCACUGGUAUCAGGCAAUCGAGUGCUGCUCUCGGGCACUGGAGAACACGACGCUUGAAAAUGACAUGCGGGCCAAACUUGUGGCACUCCGCGGAGUGGCUCUGCGCAGGAGCGGCAGACGAAAGGAGGGCGCAAUGGAAAUCAAGCUGAGCCUUCCUCAAUUUACAAUGGAUUCGCUAUUAGCCACAUUUACCGGCGAAUUAACAAACAAUUAAAUUUAAAACGUUUGACACAGCACAAAUUAAUGUUGCAGAUUCACGCAGGAAUGAAAAUUGAUAGAGGAGCCGAAUUGUUCUGGCGCCGUUCACAAUUUUUUAAACUUGAUUAAAUUUUAUAGUGCUUAAUGGCCCAAAGGGCCGGAAGAUUUUUUCUCCUGCACUUUUUAAUUUUUAACCCUUUUUACCGGCGGCUGGUGCAGCUUGCAAUUAUAGCCAGAUUCGCGGCAGCUAGCGGCUGUCCACGUGACCCACAAUUUGCCAGCUAGCGCGGCUGGCUGAGACUUCUAAAAAUUGAUAAUUUAACAUGAAUACAUUUACGACACUUACACUCCAAAAUAAAUAGGAUGGGGUGCAUGUAAAAUAAAAUGUGUUUUUGUGUGUCAAAAUGAUCGGUUUAUGGAUAUGGACACAAAUCAAAUUAGGGUAAAGGAAUGGUUGGUAAUCGAAGAGAAAACUU